UGUGGAGCUGCUGCUCGUGCGGUGCGGUCUUUGUAAAUGUUACUGUGGUGGGGUUAGACUUGUAACUAGGUGUAAGGAGAGCGCUCGUGUUGGUUGCUGUUUUCUUCCGGGUGAUUACCAUUUAGCGGGUCACUUGGUCUGGGUGAUUGUCCUGUGAUUGUACCCUGAUCAACGGAGGUAUACUGGUUAUCCAACCUUUCACACAGGCCUCAGGCACUUUCCUCCGCUAAACACCAAAACAAAGCAGGGGCGAAACGGGCCAUGGUGUGGCAAUCCUGGCAAAUCAUACCUUUGUGUGUUACGCUUUGGACGCGCAAACAACAGAACAGACUAGGCAAAUCGCAACUGCAAAGACCAAUGAGCUGUUGGCCUUUUUUAUAUUCACUUCGCUUUGAACAUCCCCCUAUCAGUGCUGUAACUAUGAGGCGUAAGGAUAAGCGGGAAACGGCUGAACAACAAAAGGUCAUGAGAUUUCUCCCAAUUAUCUGGCAGCACUAUGGCCGUUUUAAGCUGAACACAGAGCAAAUUGAUAGCGGCAGGGCUUCGUCUGUCGCCUAUCGUUGCUCAAAGUCGCAUUUCCCCUUUCCUUGGUGUUAGUACGUCUUAUGGAGAACGGAAUGUGGGUUUAAUGAUAAUGAAAAAAAAAGACAUCAUGACGCUUUCAUAUAUAAGUAUAUAUGACCAUAUAUAUAAAUAUAUAUAGAUAUAUAUACACACACCCCAUACGCAGCUAAUAUUUAUAUUUUUAGGAUUUAUACCUAAAACUAUCGACCGUUUUAUGCAGCUAUGCAAAGUUGAUGUAAACGUUAUUUCCUUCGCCCUACCUUCCCGGUGUUCUGAUGAGAUAAUCUUCCGUAUCGGUUGAAGACGUUUCGCUCAGAUCGUGGGGUAAAGAAACCGAAGGGGCUACCGGGUACAACGGAUGUAAAAAAAACUCAAAAAAGCAAUCAACUGUCUAAAGCAAAACACACAGAAUUAAAUCUCAACUGUGCGUGUUGGUCCCCAUCGCCACAGACAGAAACGAUGGGCACGGUAUAGUCCGAUCUGCGACGGAGCUCUCAGUAGCGUUGCAUCAAUGCAGACAAAGGCAGAGAGAAAACGCUUGGGUGCUCGUUUGAAACUACCAAAAGCAAUAUCAUAAAUGCAUAUUUUGCACUGCGAAGCGAUAAACCGGUAAUGUCGUAUCGCAAAUUAUUGUUAGGAAUGAGUGGCGAACGGUUAGGGUGAACAACGGAACGACGAGAAGGUUGGAGAUGGGCAAUGUAAUGAAAGCAAAAACUACCACUAAACCAGACAAUACUAUUUUUUAUUUGUGGCUUUUGAAAAUGGCACGAACCCUAAUUGAAAACAUGUGAGAUGUAAAAAGAAACAGUAAAAAAAUAGGAAAAGACACAUUUACACACAUCGUGAAUGAUAAUGAGCAAGCAUCAGCAUCGUGAGUGGAUGUAAGAAAGACAUAUUUGAAAACCAAAGUUAUAGAGGAAAACACAAUAAUACUGUGAAAAAGCGAAACUAGAAAAGGCGGUUCGGACGCUCCUGAUGUUUCUCGAUCACGAGAUUUCAAGAAAAUCAGGAUGCAGAACACUGUGCUCACGAAAGAUUUCCUAAAUACACAAAGUAAAGGGGAAAAAAGAAACCAAAAAUUAACAAAAGGAAACACAAAUUGAAUGUGAGUGAUCGUGAAGGCAAAACAUGAAAAAAAACCAAGGUAAAACGGAAAAGCAAUAACGUUAGUUAUGAUUAUGAUAUGAUAAUUAUUAUUAUUAUUACAAUUAUGACCAUUACCAUUAUUAAUCUAUGAACAUUAGUGUCGACCAUGUGAUUAUUAUUCCAAGCGCCGCUAGUUAAGUCUCAUUCUUUCCUCACACCCGCACUCGCAAACCCGCUACCGCAUUAUGGUCACGACCGGGGCAAACGGGGUCAUAUGUGUGAGCGGUGCUAGGCUAGAAUGCAAUCGAUAAGAGGAAUAGGGAGCAAAGAAAGAAAGAAAGAAAAAAAGGCAAUGCGUUUGCUUAAUAUCAUGAAAACACCUGAACAAAACCCAAGAGAAGGGCGUGGGAAGAAGAGCAUAAAGAAGAGAUGAUAAAUAAACUGAAAUAAACAUUAAAAAAUAACAAACAAACAAAAACCAAACCCCCCAAGUCGCAGACAAAACCUACCCGGAAGCACUCUCCCCCCAAAAACAUAUGGCGCAUAGUUAUCAUAACUACCCAAAAAAAAACCCACUUCCGACAAAGCCGAACUGAACUGUUUUAGCCCAAGCCCCAAAUUACCGCUCCGGACCUUUGUGAAGGAGGCGAUAUUGUGGCGAUCGUUCGCCAGGAUCUCCAGCCGCGGUCUACGACCACGCAGAGCGAGCGCAAUACGAAACAGGUAAUGAUAAUGGAAAGCCACUGGCACACGCUAGGUACGCUAGGCAGUGCUUUUACUACUGUUUGUACUUUGAAUGUAAUGGUAGAAUGUAUGUAGUGCGUAGCAGCGGCAGACUAUAUCCAACACU